ACAUCCCCCCACGUUCGCCAAUGACGCCCCAGAUGCGGGGAGCGGCAUCGCUGCAUCCGUUCUUUCCAUUCUCCAUCGCUGCCACGACCAGUGAGAUCCGCACGAGGAGGGAGAUGCAUCAGGGAGGUUUCACGCUGCUCACCGGCGAAGCCCUCCGACGAGCGGCCAGACCCAGGCGAGGUGGAUUUCGUCGGGUUAUUGCCAGGAGUGGUCUUUUGGGUUUUGCGAGAACGGCGUGUCCAGGACUCCAGGUUAAAACCAGCCGCCCUCCGAGCAAGAGCACCAUGUACCUCUACUACGAGGGCAUGCCAGGUUUUCCACAAGCUUAGCCGCGAGUCAUACGACUUCCUCCGCAGGAACUGUAACCACUUGUACUACGCUCUGCCAUAAUCUCCGCAUCCCCAAGCUUCCAAGUAAGGGUAGGAGAUUUAGCCUUUGUUCUUCUGAUUAGCCACUGAACUAAGGUCUUCUUUAUAAAAAUUAGUCACUGGACUGUAUUUGUAGGCACUGUG